CGAACGCUGAGAGUUCUCGGAGACGGUCGCGGCUCCAAACGAAGAAGAAGAACCAUCAGGCGUAGCGCUGCAGUCGACUGAAUGUCCAAGGGCUGUUUUUAUUUGAAUCUUUUUUCGCCCAAUUAUUUUGUGCCUAGUUUCUGCAUCUUGCAGAAGAAAUUUUUUUGUCAUUUUAGAUGCAUUUUGUAUUGCUAUAGGCUGUAAGAUUGCUAGUUUUGAGUAUUAGAAUUGGUCUCUGUGGAGAUUUUUUCUGGUUGGUCGAGGCUUGUUAGAUUUGUCGCCAUUGAAGUGGCGGGAGGAAUCUAACAGUGGUCUUGGCACUUGUCUGUGCGCCUUUGAUUUUGGAAUAUCUGGUUUUGUUCUGUUGCAAAUUUUGUUCACGGAGGGAGGAUUCUAGGAAUUUUGUGCAAAGAUUUUGGUGUUUGUGUAUGUAAUGAUGUUUCUGGUUUGCUGAAGGAGUCUCAAUUUUGAAUUUUCGAAUUCUUUUGAGAUUUGAUUGCCGGUAACUGGGUGGGUUUUGUGUGUGUGGGGGAAACUGAGAAUGGCGGGGAAUGAAUGGAUAAAUGGAUAUUUGGAGGCAAUUCUGGACUCCGGAACCGGAUUUGCAGAGGAGAGUAAGCCUGCUCUGACGCUGCGUGAGAGGGGAACCUUCAAUCCCACGAAAUACUUUGUUGAGGAAGUCGUCUCCGGCUUUGAUGAAUCCGACCUCCAUCGGACAUGGAUAAAGGUGGUGGCCAUGCGAAACACCAUGGAACGUAACAACAGAUUGGAAAAUAUGUGCUGGAGGAUUUGGCACCUGGCACGUAGAAAGAAGCAGCUCGAGUGGGACGAUGCGCACAGACUUGCAAAGAGACGAAUUUUACGUGAACAAGGCCGGAAGGAUGCGACGGAGGAUAUGUCGGAGGAUUUAUCCGAGGGAGAAAAAACUGAUAUUCCCGCCAUUGCCGAAACUCCAAAACGCGCAUUUUCCAGAAACUUCUCGGACUUGCAGGUGUGGUCCGAUGAAAAUAAAUCAAAGCGCCUCUACAUUGUGCUCAUCAGUUUGCAUGGUUUGGUGAGAGGAGAUAACAUGGAAUUAGGGAGAGAUUCUGACACGGGUGGGCAAGUUAAAUAUGUUGUGGAAGUUGCAAGGGCACUGUCAAUGAUGCCUGGAGUGUAUCGUGUUGAUUUGUUCACAAGACAGAUCUCCUCUCCAGAUGUUGAUUGGAGUUAUGGUGAGCCAACAGAAAUGUUGGCCCCAGGAUCAUACGAUGCUGAUGGUCAUGAUGGAGGGGAGAGCAGUGGUGCAUAUAUCAUAAGGAUUCCUUUUGGCCCAAGAGAUAAGUAUAUUCGCAAGGAGUUACUAUGGCCAUACAUUCAAGAAUUUGUAGAUGGGGCAUUAGCUCACAUUCUCAACAUGUCUAGAGUACUUGGAGAGCAAAUUGGUGGAGGGGAAUCAGUUUGGCCUUAUGUCAUUCAUGGCCACUAUGCAGAUGCAGGGGAUAGUGCAGCUCUCUUGUCAGGAGCGCUGAAUGUUCCAAUGGUUCUUACUGGUCAUUCCCUUGGGCGAAAUAAACUUGAGCAACUUUUGAAACAAGGAAGACAGUCAAGAGAGGACAUUAAUACAACUUACAAAAUAAUGCGCCGAAUUGAAGCAGAAGAAUUAUCCAUGGAUGCUGCAGAGCUUGUCAUUACAAGUACAAAGCAAGAAAUCGAUGAGCAAUGGGGUUUAUAUGAUGGUUUUGAUGUCAAACUUGAAAAAGUUUUGAGAGCACGUGCAAGGCGAGGAGUGAAUUGUCAUGGUCGUUACAUGCCACGGAUGGUGGUUAUACCACCUGGAAUGGAUUUCAGCAAUGUGAUUGUUCAAGAAGAACCUCCAGAUGCUGAUGGAGACCUUGCAGCAUUGAUCAAUGAUGAUGGUAACCUAUCUCCUAGAGCCCUACCAACUAUAUGGUCUGAGAUAAUGCGUUUUUUCUCAAACCCACACAAACCGAUGAUUCUUGCUUUAUCUCGACCAGAUCCAAAGAAGAAUAUUACUACCCUUGUGAAAGCAUUUGGAGAGUGUCGUCCAUUACGUGAGCUUGCCAAUCUGACAUUGAUAAUGGGGAACAGAGAUGAUAUAGAUGAAAUGUCUGGGGGUAAUGCAGCUGUUCUCAUAACUGUUUUGAAGAUGAUAGAUAAGUAUGACUUAUAUGGACAAGUUGCCUACCCUAAACAUCAUAGGCAAUCCGAUGUUCCAGAAAUUUAUCGCCUUGCUGCAAAAACCAAGGGGGUGUUUAUUAAUCCAGCUCUGGUGGAACCCUUUGGUCUCACUCUCAUUGAGGCAGCUGCACAUGGGUUGCCCAUGGUCGCAACAAAGAAUGGAGGGCCAGUGGACAUACACAGGGCUCUCAACAAUGGGCUGUUGGUCGAUCCACAUGAUCAGCAGGCUAUAGCUGCUGCAUUACUAAAGCUUGUGGCAGACAAGAACUUAUGGAAUGUCUGCCGUCGCAAUGGAUUGAAAAACAUCCAUCGCUUUUCAUGGCCAGAACACUGCAGGACAUAUUUGUCAAGGGUAGCUUUAUGUAGGAUGAGGCAUCCGCAGUGGCAAACUGACAACCCAACAGAUUCUAAUGUGGAUGAAUCUAUGGGUGAUUCAUUGAAAGAUGUACAAGACAUGUCUCUCAGGCUUUCAAUUGAUGGUGAGAGAUCUUCUAUAAAUGGCUCUGUGGAUAACUCUGGGGAACUUGAAAAACUACUUGCAGCAAAAGGCAAUCCAGAAAUAUCUAGCCAGGUCCAAAAACUUUUAGGUAAAUUGAAAAGGUUGCCUCCAUCAGAAGAAAAUGAGCCAAAGGUCCCAUCAAAUAAUGUAGCCGUCCAAAACAAAUACCCUGCACUUCGAAGGAGGAAUAGAAUUUUUGUUAUAGCUGUAGACUGCUAUGACGAAGAUGGUAAAACUUCUCCCCGUAUGUUAGAAAUCAUUCAGGAGGUAUUCAAAUCUGUGCUCUCUGAUCCAACAACAGCAAGGUUUGUUGGUUUUGUGCUAUCAACAGCACUAACUAUUGAUGAGACUCUCAAGAUGUUGGGUUCAGGAAAUAUACAGCCACAGGAGUUUGAUGCUUUUAUCUGCAGCAGUGGUAGUGAAAUCUACUACCCAACUACUCCAGGUUAUCCCGAUGAUGGAUCAGAUAAGAAAGUGAGUUUUGAUGCAGAUUAUGAAUACCACAUCGACUACCGAUGGGGUGCAGAAGGGUUGAGGAAAACAAUCUCCAAAUUGACAGCUCAUGAAGGGGAUGGCCAACAAAAGCAUAGUCGUGUCAUUUUUGAAGAUGCAGAGCACAGCAAUGCACAUUGCCUUUCCUAUGUUGUGAAGGACUCCACCAAGGUCCGGAAAGUAGACGAACUUCGUCAAAGUAUGAGAAUGCGGGGAUUAAGGUGCCAUCUAAUGUAUUGCCGUAAUUCUACACAAAUGCAUGUCAUUCCACUUCUUGCUUCACGCUCUCAAGCUUUGAGGUAUUUAUUUGUUCGAUGGGGAGCAGAGGUAUCAAAAAUGCUUGUUUUUGUGGGAGAAACUGGUGAUACUGAUUAUGAAGAAAUGUUGUCAGGGUCACACAAAUCCAUAAUUUUGAAAGGGGCAGUAGAAUUUGGUUCUGAAAAGCUAUUACGUAGCAGUGGAAGUUAUCAAAGAGAUGACAUUGUCCCUUCUGAAAGCCAAAACAUAGUUUCAACUGAAGAUGGAUAUAGUUGUGAAGCUAUUUUGAAUGCAAUGAAGAAUUUAGGACGUAAAUAAGAAGGAUUUUUUAACCCUUCUUAAAUGGACUUUAUUAUUCUUCUAUUUUCCUCAUAAUAUAAGAAGGUUAAUACUUAUAUAUAUAGAAUAUUCUACUUCUAUUACCUCUCUCUUCAUAUGUUUAAGAAAAGCAUACAAUUUCACUGAUGGUUGUUUUCUUAAAGGUUCUUAUCUUUUCUUACUAUUUCUCUCCUUAUUUAGGCGAGGAAUUAAGAGAAUUAUAUUUCCCACGUCUUAUUAUGGGAAAUGAUGUUGUCAACGCUUAAAAAGCAGGCAAUCUUGUAAGACAUGUAAUAUUGUUGUAAACGGUGAAGAUCGUGUAUCAAUUUUUUAUUUUAUUUUGUAAGUA